UGAAAUUAAAUUAGUUCGGCUUGGAAAUCGAUUGGAAAGCAGCGUGACUAGAAGGCUUCUCCAUCUCGAAGACCUUCCCAGUUGCAAUCCGUUAAAAUGAAAAUGGUAACAUGGUUGUGCAUGGCGAUGCUCCUCGUUGUCCCGGGAUUAUCUUUAGUAAGGAAUUUCAAAAAGCCCACUCCCACGAGCGGUUUGCUCUAUCCGCAGGACUCGGAGACGCGAGAAGUGCGAUCGCUGGACGGGAUCUGGCGGAUGGUGAUGGGUUAUCCCGCUGGUCGCGGCAACGAGAGCUUCGAGAAGGGUCUCAGCCAGUCGGGUCACCAUGUGAUACCCAUGGCGGUGCCCGCCUCCUACAAUGACAUCCCCGUCAGCCGAUCCUUGCGCGACCAUGUGGGUCCAGUUUGGUACGAGCGAAGCUUCUUUGUGCCCGCCUCCUGGGAUCGAAGGCUGCGCACGUGGCUGCGAUUCGGAAGCGUCCAUUACCGCGCCGAGGUCUGGAUCAACGGACAGCACGUCCUGCGGCACAGCUCCGGCGGACUGCCCUUCGAGGCGGACGUGAGUGGCGUGGUGAACUUCGGCGGCGACAAUCGGCUGACUGUGAUGUGCGACAACCGAUUGGAUAACUUCACGAUUCCCCAGGGCGUGCUGCAUGAAGAUUCGCGGAGGCAGGAGUAUGCCUUUGACUUCUUCAACUACGCCGGGAUCCACCGGAGCGUUCUGCUGUACUCCACGCCCCUAGUCUUCAUCAGCGAUGUCUCCGUGACCACGGAAUACACCUCCAAGGAGGUGGGCAUUGUGCGAUAUCGCCUUUGGUUGGCUGGCAAAUCCACGGGUAAGACGAAGAGAAACUACUAUGUGCGAGUACAGCUGCAGGAUCAGCAGGGUGAAGUGGUGGCCCAGAAGGUGAGCAGGCAUCCCUUCAAGGGAAGACUGCGUGUGCGUCAUGCCCGAGCCUGGUGGCCCUAUCUCAUGGAUCCCCAGCCGGGAUAUCUUUACCGGCUGCAGCUGGAACUCUUUGAAGGCGAUUCGCAGGCGGAAGAGUCCGAGGACGAUGACCGCGUGGAUGUCUACCGGUUGUCCGUGGGCAUACGCAGCCUGAAAUGGGACAAUAAUAAGCUGCUUCUGAAUGGAAAAUCCCUUUAUCUGCGAGGCUUUGGUCGCCACGAGGACUCCGAGAUCCGCGGCCGGGGUCACGACAAUCCCCUGAUGCUGCGGGACUUCAAUUUGCUCCGCUGGAUGGGAGCGAAUGCCUAUCGCACCUCGCAUUAUCCCUAUUCCGAGGAGUCCAUGCAGUUCGCCGAUGAGCAGGGCAUCAUGAUUAUAGAUGAGUGUUCAGCGGUGAAUUUGGAUGGGUUUAAUCCAGUUCUCCUGCAGAAUCACAUGUCGGUGAUGGAGCAGCUGAUCCACAGGGACAGGAAUCAUCCCAGUGUCAUUGCCUGGUCGCUGGCCAAUGAGCCCACUUGUUCUUCGCAGUCCGCUGAAUACUUCAAAAUUCUGGUGAACUUCACCCGAAAGUUGUCGCAUGGUCGUCCAUUAACCGCUGCCCUUGCCACGCCCACCGAUGAAGCGGAUAUGUGCAAGUUAGUAGGACUGCUGGACAUUUGGGGCUUCAAUCGGUAUCAUGGUUGGUACGCAGAUCCUGGCAGACUGGAAAAGAUCACAGAUCCUGUUGUAGAAGAGGCCAAAACAUGGCGGAAUCUCACCAAAAAGCUGGUGAUUAUGAUGGAGUACGGUGCGGAUUCCAUAGGGAUUUACCAAUCGUUGCCUUCGGUUAUGGGUUCCCCCGACUUCCAGCGGCAUCUGUUCUCCAAGCAUUUUCAGGCCUUCGAUAAAUUGCGUGAAAAUCCCUGGUUCAUCGGCGAGUUUGUGUGGAACUUUGCCGACUUCCAGACGGCCCAGUCUUAUACAAGAAUUGGAGGCAACAGGAAGGGCAUCUUCACCAGGAGCAGGCAGCCCAAGGAGGUGGCUUAUCUGCUGAGGCGACGCUACUUUGGUCUGGCUCACAAACUGCACAAGGCCAAGAUGCCCGGGAAUCUGGAGGAGUAUAUAGUGGGAGAAAGCAAUCCUUUAAAGCACGAGGAUCGCGAGUCUGGCGAGGAUUUUGAGCUGUAA